CACAAGCUCCCGCCUAGCAUUCCCUCCGUUCUUCUGCUUCUUUAUCUCUCCUCUUCUGCCCUGUCUUGUUGUCUUCUUCUCUCUGAUCGUCCUCUCUCUGAGCGUUUCUACGCAAUCGCGUCGAUUACCUUCUCUCCGCCGUACUUUGGACUCGAAGAUUCUGUACAGAGCAUUGCCGUCGUCGCGCUCUGCGGCGCCGAAGCUCUUCCCUCGUCGAGCGUUUCGGUUUGUGCAACUCAGAGUGGGAUACUUCAACGGAACUUUAUCUCUAGAUCGUUGUCCCAUCCAACGAGGGUCAUAAGUGUGGAACAGGAACCGGUGCUGUUGGUGGGCAUGCCGUGGUAGACGAGAUAAUUAUGGUUUUCGCUCACAGACGAGACGAACCUCGGUAUUGAGAGUGCGGCCACAAUAUUGUAUGUCACCAUUGCUAAAGCAAGUGGAUAGGCUGCAAAGAUCCUCGCUGUUGUUGUACUCUGACCUCAUAAAUCAAUGUCUCUCGUUGAAAUCUCUUCAUUAUACCAAAGCCAUCCAUGCGCAGUUGAUAAAAGUUGGACUUGCUCGCCACACAUUUCUGGGAAAUCGAUGUCUGGAUUUGUAUGCGUGCUUUGGCACGACAAAGGAUGUCCUGAAUCUGUUUGAUGAUAUCCCUGGCAAGAAUUUGAUAUCUUGGAAUAUUUGCUUGAAAGGGUUGGUAAAAUGCAGUGACAUUAGAAGGGCACGGGUAAUGUUUGAAGGAAUGCCUCAAAGGGAUGUCGUAAGUUGGAAUUCCAUGCUCUUGGGGUAUGCGUCUAAUGGGUUUGUUGAUUAUGCACUGGAGCUGUUUUGGGAAAUGCAAAAUGCUGGAGUUGAACCGAGUGAUUAUACAUACUCCAUGGUGGCAUCAUUUGUGUCAUGUGCUAAUUAUGGCAGGCAAAUCCAUGCUAGAAUGAUCAGGAGUGGCAUGAAUGCACAGAAUGUGGUGCUUGGAAAUUCUUUGAUUGACAUGUAUGGGAAGCUUGGUCUUGUUGACUAUGCUCAUAGGCUAUUUAUGACAAUGGAAAAGGUUGACAUCAUCUCUUGGAACUCGCUGAUCUCAGGGUUAUACAACUCUUGUCAAAGUCAAUGUGCACUGGAGCAGUUCACCACAAUGCUUCACAUAGGACAAUCUCCAGAUGAGUUCACGGUUUCAUUGAUGUUCACAAUCUGUUGCAAAUUGCAACAACUGGAGAAGGGUGAACAACUUUUCUGUUUGUCUACAAAGAUGGGCUUUCUUUCUAAUGCAAUAGUUGCAAGUGCCGUCAUUGAUCUAUUCUCCCAGUGCAACAGAUUGGAGAAUUCGGUUCAGUUCUUUGAUGAAGUAGAUGAAUGGGAUAUAGCUCUGUGUAAUUCCAUGAUUUCGAGCUACAUUCGCCAUGACUGUUGGGAAGUUGCUCUAGAUCUUUUCGUUCUGGUCCUGAGGAAAGGCCUCAAGCCGACUGAGUUUACCUUGAGCAGUGUUCUGGGUGCUGUUUCUUUGAAUCUGGCAGAGCAGGGAAGUCAAUUACAUUCUCUGGUUGUUAAGACAGGUUUUGAAUCAGAUCUAGUUCUUGGUAGUUCUCUUCUGGAUAUGUACAACAAAGUUGGCUUAGUAAACUCAUCCAUGAAGAUCUUUCUUCACAUGGUCGGAAGAGAUUUAAUUUCUUGGAAUAGCAUGAUUAUGGGUUUAACUCGUAACGGAAAGGUGGUUGAGGCACUAGGAUUAUUCUUGAAAUUGCUUCAAGUGGGUCUCCCACCAGAUCGAAUAACAUUAUAUGCCGUGUUGCAAGCCUGUAACUAUGGAGGACUUCUCGCUGAAGGAAUGGAAACUUUUUCAUGCAUGGAGGAAGAUUAUGCAAUAAUUCCUGGGGAAGAACAUUAUACCUGUGUCUUGAACUUGUUGUGUCAAUCUGGAAAACUCCAGGAAAUUGUAGAUGUUGUAGAAAAGAUGCCUUGUGAGCCCAAUUAUGAGAUAUGGGAUUUGAUGCUUCGGCUCUGUAGUUUGAGUGGAGACUUGGAACUCAUGGAAGAAGUUGUAGCAAGGAUGAUAGAAGUGGAACCCCAGUCAUCAGUACCUUAUUUGGUCCUAGCUAGGGAAUAUGAAAUGAGGGGCAGAUGGGAGGGCAUUGUUCGAAUUAGGAUGGCUAUGAAAGAGAAGGGUGUCAGAAGGACAAUAGGAUAUAGUUUGAUUGGGAUAAAUAAUCAUGUAUUAGCUUUCAGGGGAGACCAGUUACAACAUCAUGGAGGUAUAGACGUUCUAAGUUUACUCUCAAGGAUGAUUGAAAGACACGAUCCAUGGCAGGAUGGUUAUAUAGGUAAUGCAGAUCAUAUUGGUGCUUAACCAUCUUUUCCAUGGUCAAUUGUUUCAAUUUCAACCCAACAGGGCCACGAAUGAUGCCCGCUUAUGUCUAGCAUGCCGCUUGGUAUUGUACGCUGCAUUAAGCUCCCGGUUGAGAAGCUACAUUGAUAACUAGUUACCAUAUAGGUUGAAUUCUUCUCUGGAAUAGUUUUUCUCCCUGAAAAUGGAGGUUCCAUUUGUUUUUGCUGUGACAGGUGGUGCAUACCGUUUCCCCUUAGAAGCUCUGGAGCUAGUUAUGCUCUUUAGCUUUCUUGGUUUUCCUAACAAGUGUAAUUAUGUUGGCUUUUGAUUUGACACAUUCUAACCAUCCUUCUUGUUUUGCAGCCAUUAGAUCUUCUAGUUUGAUUUGGAACCUGCAAACAGGUUGGAUGAAGGUCUGCAAAAGCUGGGAUUUGGAGUUAACAGCCAUGCUUUGACUUUGCUAAUCCCACGUGUGAAAAUGUUGAUUAAGAUCAAAAGCAGUCACUUUAGGGGCAUGCGCUUAAGAUAUGUUGUCCUCGAAGAUGGUUGUCAAAUGGAAGGUAAUGCCAGUGAAGUUUGUCACUCGCUGGGGAGUGGGGACUUACGAAGGUGAUUGUUUACUAUCAUGACAACCACAUCUCUAUUGAUGGUGACAAGGAGAUUGCAUUCACCGAGUGUUGGCAAAUGGUUCGAGGGUCUAUGUUGGCAUGCUGUAUGAGCGAAAAAAUGGUAACGCUAAUUAUGAUAUCCAUGCUGUCAUCUGGGAAGCAAAGGAUUUCAAGGACAAGCCUACUUUGAUUAAGGUUAGUCAUCCCCUGCAAAUGGGGUUUCAUUGCACACCUGUGAAAAUCUCAAGGGAAGGAAGCUAGCUUUUCAGCUGUUACUACAUGGAGAAUUUUUUUUGAGUUGUUCCCCCUUUUCAAGCUUAAUCUGUUAGCUGAGCUCAUUGCUGGUAAAAGUACAAACAUGAGUCCGGGUGGCAACUCCCGGAGGAGGAGAAAUCUGUUAGCAUAUUGUAAUUAUUGUUUUUGUCUAAUUACAGAAUGCAAUGCCAUUUGCCCAGAGUCUUUGACUCUUUGAUAAUGGAAAUAUAUUGAUCUUUGCUGGUAACUACAACCGUAGGUUUUGGUUAACCUAACAAGGUGAACUGCUACAGUGUUCAUAGUAGUGCCAAGGAAGUUCCAGUAAGAAAGAACCUUGGAUGGCCAAAUUUGUCUUUCCAUGUACCUGAUGAUAAUAGAAAAUGAAUAAAUAACACAAAAAAUCUCUUUCUCUAUUGUGUGAGGGAGACUAACUUGGUAUGAAAAUUCCCUAUUAACUUGUUAGAAACAGUUUUUUGUGCAUAAUUUUGUUGGUCCUUCUAUCUAAAAGCCAUUUUGCAUAGAAGCGGUACCUCCUUGGUUCCUUCUUAAUGAAAUAUUAUUCCUCAUUAAAAAGAAAUUGUACAGUUUUUUGCAGGCAAUGAAGUAACCUUGUUCGUGAUGGUGCUCCUUUUGAAGCUGAAUGAAAUGCAGAAUUGGCUGAAUAUAAAAAGAAAUACAAGGAUGAAGCUGCAUAGGUGACUUCGAUCAUUAAGGCUGAACUACCGCCGGUUGAAAGCGCUCCCGGUGAGUAUUUGUGUUAAUUGUUGAUAAACCGAAGUAGAAAUCUCGUUAAAGUCAUGAUGCAUUUUCUACUUUUUGGCAAUGCCUAUUUGUUCCAAAAACUUGUACUUUACCUCCUGCAAUAGUUAUCAUAAUUCAAUUCUUGUAUUUUCCCAGUGUGGAU